AUGUCGGUGCAAGAGUAUGCGGUCAAUGAGUUUGGCGCAAAUACGCAACCUCACUUCAACUUGCUUAGGAUCUUGGGCGGAUGGGGCAAUGUCAAUGGUCCGGGUCUGCUGAUGCUCCGGAGCAUGCUAGCAGGCACGUCAACGGCCGCUGUCCUCGGGCUCUCGGCCGCCAUAGUAGGCAGUAGCAUCUGGGGCACCGCUGCACUGCCCUUCAUUGUCGGUUCUUCCUUUGGCUUCGUGUUGGGAAGUACCAGAUGGUACACUGUCGCCGUGAAGGAAUCUCUGCUGCAGCUAGACACAUACCCCUCCAUCUUGCGUCUCCACCUGAUCGCCAACUUCCCCUGGAAACCGGAGCUUGGACGUCAUAGCCUUGAUUGGUACAAUGUCAGACGAUUCAGUUCGACUUGGCAGAUGAAGAGUAUGCUUGUGGCAAGUUGGCUGACUGCCCAACCGGCCUUGGAUGAGAUUCGCAGUCGCACGGAGGCCGCGCUGGUGGAGAACUAUGUCAGGCAAGGGGGGUUUGAAGGCGAGGAUCAUGGUGCCAAAUCGCAAGAAAGCCGAUGA